AUGGAAAGCAUCCUUGGGGAGCAUUUCAAUUUCAUCAGCUUCGAUCCCCGCGGUGUUAACUUCACACUCCCAUUCUCCUGUUACGACGACACUGAACAAGCUCCAAACAGUGCUCUUGGAAAUUCUUCCGACGUUGCUUUGGGGCAGAGCUAUGCCAUUGGGACGGAAGUAGCGUUGCAGUGCCAGCGGACGAACAAUCAAACUUCGGCUUUGCUUGGUACUGCAUAUGUUGCUCGUGAUAUCAUCCGGAUUGUCGAUGCUCUUGGUGAAGAUGGGCUCCUGAAAUACUGGGGGUUUUCAUACGGUACACUCCUCGGAGCAACAGUUGCAACCAUGUUUCCAGAGAAGAUGGACCGAGUCGUCCUCGAUGGCGUCGCAAAUGCGAAGGAAUAUUAUGCUGGCUGGGAACCACAAUCACUCACCGAUCUUGAUGCCGUGGUCGAGGGAUUUUACAGUGGGUGCAUCAAGUCACCAUCGACGUGCGCCUUGGCCUCGGAAAAUGCGACACUAGAGUCGAUUUCGAUGAAAGUCGAAAAGCUGCUUGAGUCUCUGAAGUAUGAACCGAUGGUCAUGAUCUCGGAUCACUCGAGCGAACUCAUCACCUACGACAGUGUGAAGACUCGCAUGUUCUCGCUCUUCUAUGCUCCCAAGAACUGGCCCCUGCUUGCAGGUGCCCUGCAAGGUCUCAUAGACAAAGACCCAAACCAGUGGAAUGCUAUUGGGGGUGGAUCUGGAGACCAGUCCGACCCAACACCUCUCGCGCUAUUCGGGAUCCGAUGCGGCGAGUCCGCUUUCCGUACUCACAACUUUUCCAGUUUGGCCCCCCUUCUCGAAGAAGUAGCCAAUGUCAGCAAGUGGGGAGGCCUUGACUUCGGCGCCAGCAACAACAUCCAGUGUUCGCAGUGGUUAGUCACCGCAAAAGAGAUAUAUCGAGGCAACUGGGGUAUUCGAACUAAUCAUCCUGUCCUGGUAAUUGGCAACACCUAUGAUCCGGUCACGCCCCUCGUCUCAGCACGGAAUGUGAGCGAGUCAUUUCCUGGAAGUGUAGUGCUCGAGCAUCGGGGUUAUGGGCACACAUCUCUUGGUCAACCGUCACUCUGCACCGCACGAGCUGUACGUGCGUAUUUCACCAACGGGACCUUGCCUAGUAAUGGCACGAUCUGCGAGGCAAGCGUUCCGCUCUUCUCGAAUGUGACGGUGGCCAGUGUUCUACAGCCGCUGAAUGGAAAUGGCACAGGUAGAGGGAUUGCUAGAAGAGACGCAGCCAACGAGGAAGCGUUGUUGAGAGCACUGCAGAGCCUGUCAAGUGGGGUCGUUGGGCCUGCUUUGUAG